UUGCGUAGCAGGUAGUUUCGAAUGUUUACUCACACAAGGCCACUUCACAGUGCACAGUUCUUCUCUAUAUAGUUUUCAAGUGAACAAUUAUUCAGUGUUAUUAGGAAAAGAUGCUAGAGAAUGGAGAACUGUGAUGGAUUAUCUGCCAACAACUACAACUAUAAUAGCUUACCGACAACCCCAGCUGUAGAAAUCAAAUCCAGCUUUCAGGAUUGUGAAGAAACAUUUUUGGACGAAGAGGGUUGGAUCGAAGAAGCCAAGGGAGUUAUCAGGGACAUAGAGAAAUAUGUACAGUUUGUUUGCGUAUCAAAUGUUCUAGCGAGUUCUAGAAGUAACAUUUUCAUCAAUCUUACAACCAGAGAAACUACAGAGUACACGAUAGAACUCACACAGCAGGGGUUCAAGGUAGUUGGAUCCGGACACGAUACCAACAAUUUAACAGAAGAAAUUAUCUAUGAAACUCCAUACUCUCUUCUAGACACCAUCAGUCCUGCAUACAGGCAAGCGUUUGGAGAUCAUCUGACCGAUCAGCUGCUUAAACUUCAAGCAAUAAGGACAACGGAAGCAGAAGCAGAGGAAACUGUUUCCGAAAACUAAACCCGGCCAAAAAUAACUCAGUGAUAAAUCUUGUUGUUUUGUAAACAUGUAAACACUGUAUGUACACAAUAAACCCCUGUUAACCUAUGUUUGCUGUACGGUCAGAUUCAAAUUUGACAUCAAAAUCUUGCAAACAUAGUUCCAACAAGUUAUUGAACUCAGUUUUCCGUGAUUUCACUUCACAAGAUCAACAAGAAAUUGUCCUUAGUUUUCCGUGAUUUCACUUCACAAGAUCAACAA